AUGGACGUCGCAACGUUUGGUGCAACGUGUUCACCGUGUUCGGCACAAUUCGUGAAGAAUUUGAACGCUAAGGAGCAUUCAAGACAGUAUCCAGUUGCAGCCGACGCAAUUAUCCGGAAGCACUACGUGGAUGACUACUUGGACAGCGCUGACGACGUUGACGAAGCGGUGAAGCUGGCACAUGAAGUCAAACUGGUCCACUCUCUCGGCGGAUUCCAUCUGCGGAACUGGCUUUCAAAUUCCACCGAGGUUCUCGCACGGGUCGGGGAGAGAGACCCAGUCACAGAAAAGUGUCUCCAGCUGGACAAGAACAGUUCAACCGAACGCGUGCUCGGGAUGUACUGGAAGCCGGUCGACGAUGUCUUCACGUUUACAACGACGCUAGCGGUGGGUGCGGAGCAUCCAACUAAGCGCCAGGCACUGCGAGUAGUGAUGAGCCCAUUCGAUCCGGCAGGAUUGUUGUGUUUUUUCCUCAUACACGGCAAGGUACUAAUCCAGGAGCUGUGGAGGGCGAAGACGACAUGGGAUCAACUAAUUCCGGAGGAGUUACUUGGGAAGUGGAUGCGGUGGACGAGUUUGUUCAAACAUCUGGACCAGAUUAGCAUUCCGCGUUGCUACUUUCCGCAACGUUCGGUGAAAGAUAUCUUGUCGCUGCAACUGCAUAUCUACGUGGAUGCUAGCGAAGAAGCUUAUGCGUGUGUCGCUUACUUUCGGGCGGUAUUUCCGGAUGGGAUUUCUGUUGCGUUAGUCGGUGGGAAAUCCAAGGUGGCUCCACUGAAGGCACACUCCAUCCCACGGUUGGAGUUGAUGGCAGCGGUAAUCGGAGUACGCUUGAUGAAGACCAUCCUCACUGGGCACUCGCUCGUAGUCGAGAAGACAGUGUUAUGGUGUAGAUGA